CCAAGAAAACAGAAUCGGAUCCAGAAAUGAACAAGCGAGAUAAAGUUUUGGAGCCCUCACAGGUUUCACUGAAAUGCAAUACAUGCAACACUUUACUACCGGAUGGCGACACGGAUAUUAAAGGAAUUUGUUUCCACUGCAGAACUCAAGAAAAUAUCGUCAGUCACAGAAAGAAAUCUAGAGAAUGUUUGGAAAAGCAAGCGCAAAAAAUGAUGAAGUUAUCGAAUCAAAAAUUUUCGGAAGAGGAUGUGGGGGCCACUGUACGUGUUCCUGUACCUGAUGUUGACAGAGCACGUGGAUCGCUACGAAAUGUGCUAGCGGUGAUCACUCACGUUGAGGAUAAUCUGUACAAGCUUUGUACAGAAAGCGGUGUCUUAAAAUCCAAGUACACCAGAUCCCAGUUCAAUCCUUUUAAAGAAAAACUUCUCGAUAAAGACCAACUUUUGCACGGAGCCACAGAAAAGGAAAUCACAUUGCGUGAAGCUGCUGCUUGCGCUAGUCCCCUGGUUUUCAGGGAUACCAACGAUGUCAGUGCAAAACCAAAUGCAAGACCAAGAAAUGUUUAUGUAAAUCGACAGGAAUAUUAUGUAAUUCAAAAUGCCAUGGAAGCCUGCCUUGUGACAAUAAAGCAGACAAUUAGCACAAUAACACCCUGCUUAUUUUCAUCAUUGUCUAACAUGAUGUGGUCACGACAGUGCCCAGUCGUUGUUGUUAAUUGUAUCGAAUGUGUUUUACAUCUAACAACAUUGCCCACUAUUAGAGGGAAUUUACGUUACCGACCGGCCAUUAACGUAAAAAUCGACAGAAAUGGCUUUUAACGAUAUUGCCCGGUCCAUAUCGGAAAUGACCGGUUUACAUCAUCACCCGUAACAUAUACAGUUGAUAGGACAGUCCCAACUCUAAAUGUGUUACAUGCCUUCAUAGUAAAUGAAACCCAAUUCAAAGACUUUACGGAAAAUUUUAAUUGAUAUGGAAUUUAAAUAUAAAAAGAGUGAGUCUAAUAGAAAAUAUUUGAUGGAGCGAUAUGAUAGUGUUGCGUGGAGAGCUUUACGUUUCCUAAAAGUCAAUGAUGAACUUGGUGAAAAUAAGAGACCUGUUGUAUAUUUGGAUGAAAGCUACGUACAUAAAAAUUAUACUGUUUCGAAAUGUUGGCAAGGUCCUGAUGAACAUGGAGUUUUGAAAAAAGAUGGAGCUGGUCAACAAUGGAUAAUUGCUCAUUGUGGAGGCGGUAUGGGUUUUAUUAAGAACGGUUUCCUUUUAUUUAAAUCAAAAACAAAAAGUGGUGAUUAUCAUGACGAAAUGAGGUUUGAGAACUUUUCAAAAUGGUUUCAAACACAAGUGCUACCAAAUUUACCGGACAAUUCAAUAAUUGUUAUGGACAAUGCGCCUUACCAUUCAGUACAAAUACAUAGGCCUCUUACUUCUUCAUCAAAGAAAAAUGAUAUAAUCUGUUGGCUACAAUCGAUGAACAUACCAUACCAUCCACAUAUGUUAAAAUGCGAGCUACUAGAAAUCGUUAGGAGGUACAAACACCAUCACCACAGUAUGUAAUUGAUGAGUAUGCAAAAUCGAAGGGUCAUACUGUAUUACGCCUUCCUCCGUAUCACUGUGGCCUGAAUCCAAUAGAGCUAAUUUGGAGUAUGGUGAAGAGAAACAUAGCCUCUUGUUGUGUAAUAGCGUUAUUUUAUUAUUACUUUAUUAAGGGCGAGUUCGUACAGACAUUAUAAUAUUAGUGCACGUGCCGAAUCCAGAAUGCGGAAAAAUAAAUCUAAAAAUUUGGCGGGCGAUUAUUUAAAUUUGUGGUAUAAACGUGUGUAUUUGUUAUCUAAAACUUCAUUUAAAAUUAAAUCGGCAUUGUUUUUUGAAUUUUUGGAAAUUUCAUAUUCUUCUAGCAAGUCUAGCUUCAAUGAUUUGGGUUGAUGGUGUAAUAAUUCCAUAUUAUUGAGGUUUAUUUUAUGAUCUGUUUCUGAAAUGUGUUUGAAAAUGGCAGAAUUUUUGACUUUGUUAUGUUCUUUGAAACGUGUUAAAAGAUUUCUACCUGUUUGACCGAUA